CCCCGCUAGCCGCCAGAGCAGCCGCGGCAGCAGCAGCAGCAGUAGGAGCCGGAGCCGCCGCCGCUAGACCGAGGAGCCGGAGCUGAGGAGGCGGCGGCGGCGGCGGCGGUGCGGGGAGCCCAGAGGGAGUCCGGGUUUAGGCCCGGCAGCGGGAACUGGGCGCCGGCUCGGGUGUUUUCCAGAGAGUAGUUCUUGGGGCACCUUUGCCACAUUAACUCAGUCUGUCAGAGCACUGAAAGGCUUAUGAGGAGGUUCUGUCUUACAAAGCAGUGUCUAUUGAAGACAACAAGGAAGAGGGAAAAAGAACGGAAAAAAGAAGCUAAAACAUUUUAGCAAACCAUGAGAUCUAUCAGAUCUUUUGCUAAUGACGAUCGCCAUGUUAUGGUGAAACAUUCAACAAUUUAUCCAUCUCCAGAGGAACUUGAAGCUGUGCAGAACAUGGUAUCUACUGUUGAAUGUGCCCUUAAACAUGUCUCAGAUUGGAUGGAUGAAAUGAGUAAAUCUGGGAAGACAGAGGGAGAUGCAGAUGUGAAAAAGGAUGAGGCUGGAGAAAACUCUGCCAAGUGAGAUCAAGGUGGCCGGACACUCUGUGGUGUAAUGAAAUUGGCUAUUGCAAAAGGCUUGCUGAUAAAAGAUGAUAUGGAUCUUGAGCUGGUUCGAUGUGGCAAAGAUAAACCCACAGAAACUCUAUUACACACUGUCAAAGACAACUUGCCUUUUCAGUUUCAGAAACUUACAGAAGAGAGAUAUGAAGUGGAGCAGUGUAUAAAAGAGGCGUCUAUUAUUAUCCGAAAUACAAAAGAGCCAACGUUAACGCUGAAGGUGAUACUUACUUCCCCUUUAAUUAGUGAAUUGGAGAAGAAAGAUGGAGAAAAUGUUUCGAUGAAAGACCCUCCGGACUUAUUGGACAGGCAGAAAUGCCUGAACGCCUUGGCGUCUCUCCGACAUGCCAAAUGGUUUCAGGCAAGGGCCAAUGGACUAAAAUCAUGUGUAAUUGUCCUCCGCAUUCUGCGUGAUUUGUGCAACAGAGUACCCACAUGGGCUCCGUUAAAAGGAUGGCCACUAGAGCUUAUAUGUGAAAAGUCUAUAGGUACCUGUAAUAGACCUUUGGGCGCUGGGGAGGCUUUGAGACGAGUAAUGGAGUGUUUGGCAUCUGGAAUACUUCUUCCUGGGGGACCAGGUCUUCAUGAUCCUUGUGAGAGGGAUCCAACUGAUGCAUUGAGUUAUAUGACAAUUCAGCAAAAAGAAGACAUUACACACAGUGCCCAGCAUGCACUCAGACUAUCAGCUUUUGGUCAGAUUUACAAAGUGCUGGAGAUGGAUCCCCUCCCAUCUAAUAAGCCUUUCCAGAAAUAUUCCUGGUCUAUUACUGACAAAGAAGGUGCUGGUUCCUCAGCUCUCAAGAGACCUUUUGAAGAUGGAUUAGACGAUAAAGAUCCCAAUAAAAAGAUGAAGCGAAAUUUAAGGAAGAUUCUGGACAGUAAAGCAAUAGAUCUAAUGAAUGCCCUAAUGAGGCUAAACCAGAUCAGGCCUGGUCUCCAGUAUAAACUCUUAUCCCAGUCUGGCCCUGUUCAUGCGCCAGUCUUCACAAUGUCUGUAGAUGUGGAUGGCACAACAUAUGAGGCAUCAGGACCAUCUAAGAAAACAGCAAAACUUCAUGUAGCAGUGAAGGUUUUGCAGGCAAUGGGCUAUCCAACAGGCUUUGAUGCAGAUAUUGAAUGUAUGAGCUCCGAUGAAAAGUCAGAUAAUGAAGGCAAAAAUGAAACAGUGUCUUCAAACUCAAGCAAUAAUACUGGAAAUUCUACAACCGAAACCUCCAGUACCUUAGAGGUAAGAACUCAGGGCCCUAUCCUUACAGCAAGUGGUAAAAACCCUGUCAUGGAGCUCAAUGAAAAAAGAAGAGGUCUUAAAUAUGAACUCAUCUCUGAAACGGGUGGAAGCCAUGAUAAGCGAUUUGUUAUGGAGGUAGAAGUAGAUGGACAGAAAUUCCGUGGUGCAGGUCCAAAUAAGAAGGUAGCAAAAGCCAGUGCAGCAUUAGCUGCCCUGGAGAAACUAUUUUCUGGACCCAAUGCAGCAAAUAAUAAGAAAAAGAAGAUUAUUCCUCAGGCCAAGGGUGUAGUAAAUACAGCUGUGUCGGCAGCUGUCCAGGCAGCUCGGGGGAGAGGAAGAGGAACCCUUGCAAGAGGAGCUUUUGUUGGCGCUGCAGCUGCUCCUGGUUACAUAGCUCCAGGUUACGGCACACCCUAUGGCUAUAGCACAGCUGCUCCAGCCUAUGGUUUACCCAAGAGAAUGGUUCUGUUGCCCGUUAUGAAAUUCCCAACCUAUCCAGUUCCCCACUACUCAUUCUUUUAGCAAAUGGCUGAAGCUAAUUCCUAUUGAUUGAGCAACAAUCCAGUCCAGUCCCGAAUAUUAGAAGAGAGAACAAGCCUUUUUAUCCGGUUUCCUUUGAACAUAUAACUUGCGCAAAAAUGAUUUGUAAAGAACAUCUUUUCCUACUUUUGAUUUUUUGAUUUUAACAAAUGCAAAUUUAGUUCUCUAAAACUUGAAAAAAGUAUACAUAUACCUUCCAUUCCCUCACCCCCCCCCAAAAAAAAACCCCACAAAAAACAAACCACCCAGUUCUGUGAAACGUUACCUCAUUUUCCGAUAAUAACUUAUACCAGCCCUUCUGUUCUAGGGAAAAACUAGCCGCUCAAACUUUGUUUUAAAUGAAGUCUCAGAUUAUGUAAAAUUAAAUUUGUGAAGGAUGUAUAGACUAUAAAACAAGGAUCACAAAUAAACUGUUUUUGUUGUAACACAGA